CUGGUGGCUUGAUGAAGAGGUUGACUGCUCCAGCUCUUCACUUUAACGGCAAAUGCAAGCAGGCUUCUGUCAAAACACUUUGGAAGUAAACGGGCACUCCAGGAAGUCGUCGCUUACGCAAUGGGCUUGACACUGACUGAGUGACUCCGGAUAGUUUUUAGGUAACUAGCUGGCUAGCAAGUAAGGUGAGAGCUUGCGUUGUGUCGUGUCGAGCUGUUUAAGUGGCCUGGAGUGAGUUCGUGGACGUUCUCCGUGGUCCAAAUGGCGUCACUCCUGACAGCGUUUCGAAGAAUAGCACACGUUGGGGUACGCGAAUAUGCGCGGAGGUCGGCAGUAAGCCGGGCUGCUACGGGGGACGCUGGCCGCAGGAGUUUCGUCACCGGCACGGAGCCGCUGAGGUCAGACAGCAAGGUAACGGUCCACUUCAUCAAUCGCGAUGGGGAAAAGAUAACAGUGGAGGGGUCUCCUGGGGACUCGCUGCUUGAUGUUGUCAUUAAUGAAGACCUCGACUUUGAUGGCUUUGGAGCAUGCGAGGGGACGCUGGCAUGCUCUACUUGCCAUCUAAUCUUCGACCAGGACGUCUACAAUAAGCUGGGCCCGGUCACAGAUGAGGAAAUGGACAUGUUGGACUUGGCUUAUGGCCUGACUGACACAUCGCGCCUGGGUUGCCAGAUCUGUUUGAGCAGGUCCUUGGAUGGCGUGGUGGCCCGUGUUCCAGAGAGCGUUGCAGACAUCCGACAAAGCCAAGAUGGUUCAUCUUCGGGACUUUUUGGGGGUGAUGGGAGGUAGUCAGGUGCGCUGCCUAAACAAGCACGUGGAAGGAACUGGCAUUUGUAGUCAACAACGGACUAUUAAAAUUAAUAUAAUGUAAAUCUUAACCAACCACUGUUGCAUGUGAAAAGACUGAUCAGGCCAAACUGGCAAAAAAAAAAAAAGAGUGUGACUGACAUUUAGCAAAGCCCACCCAA